AUGGGUUACAUCGGUAUCUCACUCAUCGUCGUCUCUGUCGUUUGGGUUCUAGUCCGCCCGCCGUCAUGGAUACCAGAACCGCUGCAAGUCCUCUUGCGCUGGAGAGGAGGAAGCCAUCCUGCUAUUGCAGCCAAGGACAAGGCUGAAGCUGAGCAUGAUUCCGAUCCUGGGCCCAGUAUCAUGGUAUCGGAUCACGAGGUGGAACCGGGCCCUCGACUCCGGGCUCGUCCGGCCGAUAACCGUACCACUCAAGACGACAACCAAGGAAAGGCUACCACUACAGCGACCGGUACCUCUUCUUCUCUGAAGACCACAAAAAGCAAUGUCUUGUCUAUGUCACCACCUCCCCUGCCAAAGGUUGCGCCUCCACCCCCGACCAUCGCCGAGCCAGAAGAACAAACGACCCCCAAGGCUGUCGCAUCGAACCCUCCAUCCAUCAACGUCCCCAGCUUCAGCCUCGAUAAUGCUCCUAUUGCGCCGAGCUCCCACCCCGCGUCCCGACGAAACCCCACAGCUCCGGGCCCCGCACCCUCACUCGGUCUUCCUACUGCGCGCCAGCCUUCUAUGAUGCCUCCGCCUCCUCCCCCGAGACGUCUUCCUCCUCCGACGUCCACUGCGAACCCACCGGUUGGUCGCAUGCCCACGCUUUCCCAGUUCCCUGCUGCGAACUCGCCGCAACGAGCUCGUGGUCCCGUGCCGAAUCGAGGUCCUCCAUCAUCAGGAGGCCUUGCGCCGCCGCCGACACACUCCGCUAAGCCCAACAAACCAAGCCGCAAGGUCCUUCUCACACCUGGCCAUUCUCCUCUCGACUGGGCUCGCAUAUCUGGACCAAAUUCUGACCUUCGAGGCGUCGAACCCUCAACACCAUACCUGCGCGUUACUCCAUCCAUGUUGAAGCGCAUGACAGGUCGCAAAGGUAAGGAUGCUUGGAUGGCGCUCAACGGCAAGGUGUACAACGUCACUCCCUAUGCGGACUUUCAUCCUGGCGGUAUUCCUGAACUGAUGCGUGGUGCUGGGCGUGACGCUACGAAGCUGUAUGGUGAGGUGCAUCCUUGGGUGAAUUACGAGACUAUGCUAUCCGCUUGUUUGGUGGGCCUCCUCGUUGAAGAAUCCGAAGGUACAGAGAACCAGAUGGACCAGAUGGACUAG